AUGCCGACCCCGGCAGCACUGGUGAUCCUCCUGGUCUUGUGUAGUUGCAGCGGAGCGAACGAGGUAGUUCGAGAAACAAGGCAUGGCAGAGUUCGGGGAAAGAAGAUCGAGACGCUGGGUACCACAGUCGAGGAGUACAAAGGAAUCCCUUACGCCGAAGCCCCGGUGGGCGACUUACGUUUCAAGGCACCAGUACCCCGGCCGCCAUGGGAAGGUACUAUCGACGCGGACUUAGAGGGAAUCGCAUGCCCACAGAUCAAUGUCUUCAGGACCUUGAAACUCGAACUGACUUAUACAGAGGACUGCCUCUUCCUCAAUGUGUGGACUCCGGAAUAUGCCCAGGGACGCAAUGUUCUCGUGUGGAUACAUGGCGGCGGGUUUGUAUACGAGAGUGCCUUCAUGCCCUACUACAACGGAGUCGCCCUGGCUGCCAAGACGGGCUUUGUCGUGGUAUCCAUGAACUAUCGCCUCGGCAUUCUCGGAUUCCUCAAUGCCGAUUCCCCGGACGCUCCCGGAAACCAGGGUCUGCUCGAUCAGGCCCUGGCCCUGAGGUGGGUCCGAGACAACAUCGAAGUCUUCGGAGGAGAUCCGUCCAAGGUCACCAUAUUCGGAGAAAGUGCUGGCGCCAUGAGUGUCAACUGUCACCUGAUGUCCCCUGUCAGUAAGGGACUCUUUCAAAGAGCCGUGAUGAUGAGCGGAACCAUGUUUAGCGUCGAUUUCUUCGACACGGUUCACGAGAGCCUGGUGAGGGGAAACGAUGUCGCUAAGGUGAUCGGCUGCGCGGCGGAAGGCAAGGAUUUGGUAUCCCAUCCCGACGAGGUACUUCGGUGUUUGAGGUCGAAGAUGGCGGACGAACUGGUCCUCACGACCGCAGAAGUAACGCGGCCAAAAGCGUUUUCGUUCUUUCCAACGAUUCAUAACGAGUUUCUACCGAAGGUUCCCCUGAAUGCCAUGAACCGCGGAUUCUUCAAUAAUGUCGACGUCCUAGCCGGAGUCACGUCAGACGAAGGAGCUUUAGUUCUCGCUUUUCCUACAAAGUCAGAACUGUUGAGAGAGUCUUUGGAAGACUUUGAUCUAGCCAAGGUGGAGCGGUUACUCCUCGAAGCGGUGUCUUCCUGGACGAAGGUCGAAAACCCUACCAUGCUUGACCAUUACAGAAAAAACGUCAGCCCUGUAGGAGACAAAGGAGAGCUUGUGAGGUCGCUCCUGGACUAUUUGUCAGACAGAGCGUUCGUGUGCCCGUUGCAGUUCUUCAGCGAACGAUAUGCAGCGAGAGGGAACGCCGUCUAUUCCUACGUGUUUGCACACAGAUCGCGAAAGGACAAAUUCCCUUCGUGGAUGGGUACACCGCACGGCUACGAUAUCUCGUACUUCUUCGGUUUUCCUUUGAUCGCUGACGCUCACUUCACGGCAGAAGACAAAAGCUUCAGCAGGGACAUCAUAAAAAUACUGACGUCGUUUGCUGCAAACGGGUAA